UUUUCAGGAUGGUGUUAGCUGAUCUUGGUCGGAAAAUCCGAAAUGCCAUCGGAAAGCUCGGACAAGCCACUAUUAUCAAUGAGGAAGAGCUUGAUGCUAUGCUCAAGGAGGUUUGCAUGGCACUCAUCGAGUCUGACGUUCACAUUAGACUGGUGAAGCAACUGAAAGACAAUGUCAAGAAAGCUAUCAAUUUUGAAGAGAUGGUCGGUGGAGUAAAUAAGCGACGGCUUAUCCAGAAAACCGUGUUUAACGAGCUGCUCAAGCUUGUGGAUCCAGGGGUGACUGCUUAUCAACCAAAGAAAGGACAACCGAAUGUGAUCAUGUUCGUCGGUCUGCAAGGUUCCGGUAAAACAACCACUUGUACCAAGAUGGCGUAUUUCUAUCAGAGAAAAGGCUGGAAAACUUGUUUGAUUUGCGCGGAUACUUUCCGUGCUGGUGCUUUCGAUCAGCUGAAGCAAAACGCUACGAAGGCUAGGAUUCCCUUCUACGGUUCUUACUCCGAAAUGGAUCCCGUUGUGAUCGCAGCUGAAGGUGUGGAAAAGUUCAAGAAAGAGAACUUUGAGAUAAUAAUCGUUGAUACAUCUGGUAGACACAAGCAAGAAGCUUCGUUGUUCGAAGAAAUGUUGCAGGUCUCAAAUGCUGUGAACCCAGACAAUGUCGUUUUCGUCAUGGAUGCGUCUAUCGGUCAAGCUUGCGAAGCGCAAGCUCGUGCCUUCUCAGAAACUGUCGACGUUGCCUCAGUCAUCAUCACUAAGCUUGAUUCACAUGCUAAGGGUGGUGGAGCACUGUCAGCUGUGGCUGUCACUCACUCCCCAGUCAUAUUCAUCGGUACUGGCGAGCAUAUUGAUGACUUUGAACUGUUCAAACCGAAGGCAUUUGUGCAGAAACUUCUUGGAAUGGGAGAUAUUGCUGGAUUGGUGGAUAUGGUCAAUGAUAUUGGCAUAAAGGAUAAUGAAGAGCUUGUUAGCCGUUUGAAGCAUGGUCUCUUUACACUUCGCGAUAUGUAUGAGCAGUUCCAGAAUAUCAUGAAAAUGGGGCCAUUCAGUCAGAUAAUGAGUAUGAUUCCUGGUUUUGGGCCCGAAUUCAUGACGAAGGGCAACGAGAAAGAAUCAGUUGGUAGAUUGAAAAAGCUCAUGACAAUAAUGGAUUCCAUGAGCGACACAGAACUUGAUCAUCCCAAAGCAUCUGAAUUGUUUUCUAAAGAACCGGGAAGAGUGAUAAGAGUUGCCCGAGGAUCGGGCACAACGCAGGCGGAGGUUCGUGAUCUGUUGAGUCAGUACAAGAAGUUCUCAGACAUGGUGAAGAAGAUGGGUUCAAUCAAGGGAUUGUUCUCGGGCAAGAACGGUGACAUCAAUCCAAAGAACGUCAAUCCUGCCCAAAUGAUGAAGCUGAACCAGCAAAUGGCUAAGAUGAUGGAUCCACGGGUUUUGCAACAAAUGGGCGGAAUGGGUGGAUUGCAAAAUAUGAUGGCGCAACUGCAAAAAGCAGGCGGCGGCAAAGGCGGUGGAUUGUUUUAUUGUCAUAUUGUUCGUGGUGUAUUUUGUACCUGGGUUGAAUGCAGCAAGAUGGUCCGGCAAACGAGAGCAGCAGCAAAGAUUGAGCCUCAGGCAGACGAGGAGAUGGAAGCAGUUGACAUUGAAGCACCCAAGAAAGGUGGACCUCCCGCUUCUGACUCGAGUUACGAACGGAAGUUCAUUAUAGCCAGAGAAAAUACUCUCUCCGAUAGCAGGUUCUAUCUAGUUAGGCAUCCAAAGAACCAAACCACUUGUUUAUAUCGAAUUAGUGAGAAAUUCUGUGAUGAAGUCGUUUCCAUGGGGGAAUCUCAUCGCUCGUGGUUUUACGGCGAAAGUGUCGUAUCGGAUGGGUUGAUACGGGUGCUAUCCCCUGUGCAUCCGUUGUUCUUAGCCCUGCCUUAUUUCUUGACUUCUAGGAGCAAAUUUAUGGAAGUUGAAGAAAUCUUGAGUGAUAAUGAUAGUCCUUCCAUAGCCGAAUUGUUAAAGAAUGAGCAGUUUUUGAGAACUGUUGACAAGAUAGCUGAUUCCAAAGAAAUCUGUGAUACGAAAGUGUACCGAUUUGACGAGGCUAAAACACUCGAGUGGAUAAAUGGUCGAUUUCAAAGGCUUCGCGAUGCACUGGUUGGGGAAAACUGCUUACAUAAGUCGAUUAUAGAGAAUCAAGAAGUGCUUGACCGGUACACUUUCGGUGUGCUCUGUGACUAUCUAAAUCCGGAAAUAGCAGCUUUGGCUAAAGUGCAUCUUUGCAUUAAGGAUCCCGUUAAUGACGAAAACGAGCAUGUGGACAUGUCAAUGAAGAGGAAGGCGGACGUUCUAUAUGAGGAUGAGCUGAAGCCGGUCAAGAAGCCUAAAGAGUCAGUAGUUGCCAAGAAACUGCAGCAAGCCAGCAAGGGAACAAAGUCGAUAAACAGCUUUUUCAUCAAGAAAACGUAACCGGGUAUUCUGCAGCCCUUUUUUCCGCGUUUUUUUUUUCAACGCUUUACUUCAUUGAGCCUACUGCCUUUUGUAUAGGUCACAUAAUUCUCCUUUAAAACUGAUGAUUUUAUUUGUAUGGUAACGAUCUCGUUUAUUGAUAAUUUUCGUAACUUUAAGUUUACGGACUGCUCACAUUUCUUUCACAUUUUCUCAGCUCCCUUGUAGGGUUUUAUCCAACGUUAAACUCACUUCAGUGCUGACCGGUUACAAUAAAUCAUUUUGCUACC